CUGCCGGCUCACAGGUCCCCUCUGGCACUUUGAUGAAAGGCAUGGCCGGUCUGUCAGAGCCUGGCGCUGUGUAAAUGGAAUAGAAACGUUCACACUCUUUUCCACUGCCGAUGAUCAGUCCGUCCUGGAGAGCGUCAGAAACCCUGAAGUAUGAGAAUGGAGGGGAGAAACAUCACAGUGCUACAGCGUGGCAACUUCUCACAGGUGAUCCCUCCAGCCCCUGCAUGGCUAUCCCUUACUUCACAGAGAAACGGCUCGUUGGUGGCAUCUCCGGCCCCGAUCACUGAGAGACCCAAACGCAGUGGGAUCGUACCAGGUCUCAUAGCUGCAGGGAUCUUUAUAAUGUUGCUGCUGGCUCUCUACACCGCUCUGUGGAAAUGCAUGGUGUCUCCACCCAAAAGGGGGAAAAGGAAACGGAUCUUAAAGGGAACCAAUGCAACAGUGUGACCUCACAGGUGUCAGGCUUUUCCAGGAGCCGUCUUUUUUUUUUUAUUACGAGCAGGCGUCUUUAACGAACGGGUGUUUUAGGCGUGGCUCUUUAAAAACCCUCUGGUGACCUGCACUGUUCUGUUGGACAAUAAAAGGGUUCUUUUAGACUUUA